UGUUCGCUUCUUUUUGAUUUUUGAAUUUCAUUCGGUUCGUGUGUUCAUUCACGUUUUCGAGCAUAACACAUUUUCAGUUGCUUUUCAACAUUGCUUCGGUACGGUCGAAUUUUUAUUUUGUAGUCUGAAGUGAAAAUUUAGAUCGAAUUCUCGUUGAAUGAAUAAACAUUCUUUUGAAUGACAAACUGUUGAAUAGACAAACCAUACUCUGAAUGUGAAGAAAAAAUUUAUUGUUUUAAGACAAAUGAAAAUUUAGUUGAUUCAAGUGGAUUUAAAGUGUCGUAGAGGGUUUCAUACCGCAAUUUAACAAUAACCGAAUCAAAAGAAACCAAAUCGAAAAUGGUUCGAAGUUUAUCACAAUGGACAAAAACAUUGAGCUUUCCGGCAAGGAUAUCGCCGAAUCGAAACUCAAAAGAGUGUAACGUUAAUGUCCAUCCCAUUACACCACCAGCUCUUCCACGAAAAAAUAAUCAAACUCCAUCGCCAACACCAAAUGUUCCAAUCACCGAAAUCAGCCAAAUUAUCUAUCCCGAUCCGGAAUCAGAGAAAGCCAUCAUGGGUUCACUAGUGUUCUGCAUACACCACAAACAAGGCUGCAAAUGGUCAGAUGAACUGCGAAAGCUGAAGGCUCAUCUGAACGCUUGCAAACAUGACACAGAUCCUUGCCCGAACAAAUGCGGAUCUCAAAUUCCCCGCGUCAUGAUGACUGAUCACCUUACAUUUACGUGCAACCAAAGACGAGCCAAUUGCGAAUAUUGUAAUACAGAAUUUUCCGGCCAAGGACUCGAAGACCACACAGGCACUUGCAAUCAGGAACCAGUGUACUGUGAAGCCAAAUGCGGUGCUCGAAUUUUGCGCGGUCGUAUGUCCAUUCAUCGUGUCAAAGAUUGUGCCAAACGUUUGAGACGGUGCCCGCAUUGUAGCCGAGAAUUUUCCGCUGAUACGUUAGCUGCUCAUGGUGCGACUUGCAGUCGUAGCCCGUUGCCGUGUCCUCAGCGAUGUGAUACUGGUCCCAUUCCACGAGCUGACAUCGAAACGCAUUUACGUGAUGAGUGUAAGGCAUUGGCCAUUCCAUGUACAUUCAAGGAAGCUGGUUGUCGUUUCAAGGGUCCCAGAAAUUUGUUGGAAUCGCAUCUGGAAGCGAAUACAGCAUCGCAUUUGUCGUUGAUGGUUUCGCUGGCCGGACGACAAGGUCAACAGAUCCAAAUGUUGAAGGGAGCCGUAGCAAAACUGAGCACAAACUACACAGGCACACUGCUAUGGAAAGUCACCGAUUGGUCGGCAAAAAUGGUCGAAGCUAAGACCAAGGACGGCCUAGAGUUAGUUUCCCCACCAUUCUACACCAGUCAAUACGGCUAUAAGUUACAAGCGUCAAUGUUUCUGAACGGAAACGGUCCUGGUGAGGGAACCCACGUUUCAGUCUACAUCAAAGUGCUGCCGGGCGAUUAUGAUGCUUUGCUGAAGUGGCCAUUCUCACAUUCCAUUACAUUCACACUAUUCGAACAGGGAACUCUACAUAGCGGCGGACAGGGUGGCGUUGCGGAAUCGUUUGUACCAGAUCCGUCAUGGACGAAUUUCCAGCGACCAUCUCAAGAACCGGACUCGCUGGGCUUCGGUUUUCCUAAAUUUAUCUCGCACGAAAUGUUAAGUCGUCGUUCAUUCAUCAAAGACGAUACGGUGUUCUUGCGGGUCAAGGUCGAUCCGAGUAAAAUUGUUGCCGUUUAGAGGAAGGACGGCCGAAAUUUGAUGUGCCAGUGUCAAUAGACAUUUUCAUAAUGUGAAUGCUGCAAGCGAAUUGUUUUCGUUUGUAUACUAACAACGAUCGUUGGAUGGGGAUUUAAGGAUUGGCGACUGCCGUGGAAGGAGGAACGCUGUGUGUAUAUAUAGGCAUUUUUAAGGUUAUAAACUGAUGAAUCGAAUCUUGUUUAGUAGUAAUGAAAUGCUUCUCGAUGUUUAGCUGUUUCGUGGACUUUGAUAAUUCAAAUUUAUGUACAGGAAGGAAAAUGAACAAUUUCAAUAUUUCGUAUGCUUUGUUCAUAUAACCAGGUGUUAUAUGUGAUUACAAAUGCAUAGAAGCUAGGCAGAUGCAAGAGUCUCAGGAAUUUGAUAUGAAAAAUUAAUGAGCAAGUGGAAUGUAAAAAAGAGAGAUAGAGAGAAGAAAAAGAAAAUUAAUUUUAAAAAAGAUCUUUGCUGGAGAUAGACCAAAGUUUAUUUGUUUGGAAAGCUUUUGUUCUGGCUACAAUUAAUCGCCGAUCUCAUGACUGUAGUUGAAUCGAAUAUUGUAAAACAGGUUGUCCUCGGUUCGGCUCAAUCAUGUGUCGGAGGUGUAAAUGGGUCGAAAAGUUUUCAUAAUCAUAAAUGUUUCAAUUAAAACGAAAAAAAAAUCGUCAUGAUGUGUACAAUGUUCUGUAAAUAUUUUUAUGCUUAAAAAGUCAUUAGUUCAGUAAGGUAUUAGUUUCGAGAAUAGUUUCAAUAUUUCGACGACAUCGAUGGCCAAACACAAAUAUAUUGUUUAUAAUAAACAUGGUCGGUGUCGGUGGAGCAAACUCAUCUCAAAUUUUCGAUUACUUUUUUAAAUUUUUGUUUCAACGAUUUAAGGGUUACACUAGACAACGAAACUUAAUUUUUAAGUCAAUGUUUACAACAACAUAUUAUCGUAUAAUGAAUGUGUCGGUUUUUGAAUGGUUUUUGUGAUGCUUCUUAAGUGUGUAGUUGUGUGUACAAUUUUAUAAAUUUAAGACGCGACUUAUCUAAGCUUAAGACUACGAAGAACUAAUUUUUCAGAAAUAAAUGCCAAUUUAUGUCAAAUAU